AUGGAGAAGCAACGACAGCAACGCCACCUGCCGGCGCUCGGCAUCGCCCACCUGAGCGUCUUCCUUCUCCUGCUACUCUACGCACACUCUGGUGAGUCGGUCGACGUGUGGGUCGGUGGCGACGUGAGCCAGGAGGCCCUGUGGGGCGAAUACGCGGCCGGCUACCUCAACCACAAGGCCAGCGUGCAUGUGAGCUUCGAGGCCGAUAUCGGCAUCAACAGCCUUUCGGUGCUUGCCGCCGGCAAGGUUGACUUGGCCAUACUCGGGGCCGAGCUGACACCCGACGUCACGGCGCCGCUUGCCGACAGCGCCGCUGGCGGCUACCUCUUCCAGCUGCCCUUUGUCGGGACGGCGAUGGUGGCCGCCUACAACCUGCCCACGCUCCAGUCCAGCGACCCGCCCCUGACGCUGAACGGUGAGACGCUGGCACGAAUCUACCUGGGCGAUAUUCGCUUCUGGAACGAUUCGGCCAUCGCCGCGCUCAACUCGGGGCUGGCGCUCGCCAACAAGCUGCCCUCCGAGAGGAUCCUCCUCAGCGCCUAUUGGGACCAAGCGCUCGAGGUGACGCAGGUGUUUGGCGAGAUGAUGUGCGCAUUCUCGGCGAGCUUCGAGACGGCUUACAACAGCGUGGGCAGGAACCUCACCCUCAUGCCUCCGGCGGCCGACGGGAUGACCAUCAGCGAAUCGCAUGAAGCUCAGGCCGACUUCGUCUCGAUGACGCAGUACUCUCUGGCGUACAUGGACCUCACGUUCGCGACGCGCGCGAACGUGACCUCUGCGAGCAUGGUCAAUCGGGAAGGCCAAACGGUCGCGCCCACCACCACUGCCAUCCGCUCCGCCAUGGAAGCCAUGAGCGAUCAAAUACAGGAGGGCUCGUACACCCUUAACAUCACAAACGCUCCGCAGGCGGAGUCGUGGCCGAUGAGUUAUCUGCUGUAUGCCACGCUGUCCCGAAAUCUCACCAACCCGCUCAGCGGAUGUCCCACCGCCAAGGAGCUGCUCAGCAUCAUCUUCUGGUCGCAGACCAACCCCGCUGCUCUUGCCGUGGCCGAGGCACACCACUACGCGACCCUGCCCAUUCCGUUGCUACGGUUGCUCCUCAACGCGAUCAACUCGAUCCAGUGCAACGGCCGACAGUCCUUCUCCACUGCCGCGGUCAUGGGCGUCGGCACAUCGCUUGACAUCUACUCCUCCUGGGCAGACGAGCAAUCCUCGCGCAGCGAAGUGUUCCAAUACUUCAGGACCAACAACGACGACGCCGUGACGGACAUGGCCCUCGGCUUCACGGACUUUGGCGGCUUGGACUCGGAGUUGACGGCCGCCCAGGCCACGGGGCUGCCGGACGUGGCGGUGCUGCCGAUGGUGGCCCACGCCGUGGUGCCGACCCACAGCGUCGACGUCUACGCCUACGGACACAUCUACUUCGACUUGCCCACCGUGGCCGACAUCUACCUGGGCAACAUCCAAUGGUGGAACGACUCGCGUAUCUUGACGAUGAACGCGCACCUGGCGGAGCAUAUCCCGAGCGUGCCCAUCUGCGUGAUCUACCAGACCAACCCGUCGGUUGUCACUCAGGUCUUCACCACGGUCCUGGCCCGCAACGUGCCGCAGUUCGCCGAGCAGAUCACACCGGGCAUGCAAGUGACAUUCCCCAACCUGCACUCGUGCUCCAUUGGCAUCGAUGGCAAUAUCAUCGACUCGUUCGAGCUGCCGAAUGCCUUUGGAAUGUGGAUCAUGCCGGACAUCAUUCCGUCGCCCUGGGCCGCGCCGACGAUUGUCACCAACGCGGCAGGAAACGAAGCCUCCUCGCAGCCCGCUCGGGACAUCGUCUCCGCGCUCCUCGAAUACCAAGACCCGCUCCCCGCCGACGAGGCCAUCUUCAAACUCGAAGGAAAGGAAGGGAACAGCUGGCCGUUCGUGGUCGGGUCGGCCGUGAUGUUCCAAACCCGGCCGACGACGAACUGCCCUUCCUCCGCAGCGCUCCUCGACUGGAUCUGGUGGACGCAGAGCGACAUCACCGCCAUGGAGAUGGCAGACAACUACGGAAUGGCGGUGGCGAGUACCAACGCGGCCGUGAAGCGGCGCAUCCUCAACACGCUGGCCAGCGUGACGUGCCAGGGCGAGACCACGUUCUCGCUGGCUGGGUGCGUGUUCAACGGCACCUUCUGCUCCGAUCGAGGCACCUGCUCGGCCGACGGCGUGUGCACCUGCAACGCCGGCUUCACCGGCAAUUAUUGCGAGCUGGAGUCGUCCAGCAGCGAUUCGCUGUCCACCGCCGCCGUGCUCGGAAUCGUGCUAGGCGUGCUUCUGCCGCUGUUCUGUCUGCUGUUGUUCCUGGUGCCGCUGAUCGUGGUGGCCGUCGUGCUCGUCAUUCUGCGCGCCAACCGUCGCAAGUCCGAGUGGGAGAUCAACCCCGACGAGAUCGAACUCGGUGAACCCCUCGGCAUGGGCGGGUUCGGCUGCGUGUAUAAGGCCAGGUGGAGGGGCACGGAGGUGGCGGUCAAGAUGCUGCCCUCGCACAACCCCAGCAAGGACAUGGUCAACAACUUCAAGGACGAGAUCCACGUGAUGAUGGCGUUGCGGCACCCCAACGUGGUGCUGUUCAUGGCAGCCUCGACCAAGCCCGAGAAGAUGUGCCUGGUGAUGGAGCUAAUGGCCCUCGGCUCGCUGUACGACGUGCUGCACAACGAGCUGAUCCCGGAGCUGCCGUUCCAGCUCAAGGUCAAGCUGGCCUACCAGGCGGCCAAGGGCAUGCACUUCCUCCACUCGUCGGGCAUCGUCCACCGCGACCUCAAAUCGCUCAACCUCCUGCUCGACAACAAGUGGAACGUCAAGGUGAGUGACUUUGGGUUGACGAAGUUCAAGCAAGAGAUCAAGACGGGGAAGGAGGGCAACGAGGGCCUGGGCUCGAUCCCGUGGACGGCGCCCGAGGUGCUCAACGACCAGCCCGACCUGGAUUACGUGUUGGCCGACGUGUACAGCUUUGGCAUCAUCCUCUGGGAGCUCCUCACUCGCAGCAACCCCUAUCCCGGCCUAGCGGUGGCGGUGGCGGUGAUCAGGGACGACGCGCGGCCGAAGCUGCCCGACGAGGAGUCGCUCCACGUGACGCCCGAGUACGACGAGCUCAUGCGCAGCUGCUGGCACAUCGAUCCGUCGAUCCGCCCCACGUUCCUCGAGAUCGUCACCCGCCUGAGCUCCAUGGCCGGCGAGGUGUCGUCGUCGUCGCAGGGCGGCUCGUCGUCGUCCGCCUCCACCUUCACCAGCACCAAUGCCGGCAAGGCCGCCAGGCAGCGCAGACGAGCCGGGUCCAGGGCGUCGGUCGAUGGGUCGCUGUCGUCGUCGUCGGCGGGCCACAGCGCAGGGUCGUCGGUCUUCAAUUACCCGAUGAUGACCGCGUCCGCGACCACGCGGCUGCGCGGGACGACGACCAACACCAACAGCUUCGGGGCCAUCACCGCGCGCGUGCCGGCGCCGUCGGGCGAGGUGGCGAUCGUGUUCUCGGACGUGACCAGCGCCGCGUCGCUGUGGGAGUUCAACCCGGAGGCCAUGAAGGACGCCACGCUGGCCCACAACCAGCUCCUGCGGUCGCUGCUGGCCAAGCACCGCGGCUACCAGGUGCGGUCGACCCGCGAGCGCAACACGGGCGAGGGCUCGUUCUGCAUGGUCUUCCAGGACCCGCUCGCGGCGGUCCACUGGUGCGCCGACGCCCAGCGGGCGCUGCUCGAGGUCGAGUGGCCCGCCGCGCUGCUCGGCCACCCGGGCGCCGCCGAAGAGUGGGGCGACACCGACGACAGGAUCAUGUACAAGGGCCUGCGGGUGCGGAUGGGAGUGCAUGUCGGGGAGCCGCGCAUGGCGAAGGACCCGACCACCCGCAAGAUGGACUACUACGGGCCGUCCGUCAACGCCGCCGCGCACAUCACCGCCAUGGCCCACGGCGGCCAGGUGGUUGUCUCCGAGCCCCUGCGGUCCGCGCUCGAGCUCAAGGACCGGCCGCACCUGCUCGACCUGGGCCGGUUCGAGAUGAACGACGCGCCCAGCGGCACGGCCCACCUCUACGAGUGCAAGGUGGUCGGCCUCGAGGGCCGCUUCUUCGGCGGCGUGUCGGGCCGGCGCGGAGGCGGCGGCGGGGCUGACACAGGGUCGCCCCGCGCCGGCGACGACGAUGAGAGCCUGGACGGCGAGAGCAGCGGUGCGAGCGCGGUGGUGCAGACGGCGGUGGGCGACGGUCUGACCAACAACGAGGACCGCUUCCUGACGUCGGCCAACCUGUGUCGGUGGGUGAUCGACUUCAGUGAGGUCAAGACCGGCAAGCAGGCACGCACCCUCGAUCGAGAGAGAGGAAUGUCAGGCAUGCAAGGAAUGUGCUCAUAUGUCCUGCGUAUCGGGAUGGGCUCGUACGGUGUGGUCUACAAGGGCACGUGGAAGGGCGUCGACGUGGCGGUGAAGCGGUUCAUCAAGCAGAACCUCGACGAGCGCCGGCUCCUGGAGUUCCGCGCCGAGAUGGCCUUCCUCUCCGAGCUCCACCACCCCAACAUCGUCCUCUUCAUCGGCGCGUGCGUGCGAAUGCCCAAUCUGUGCAUCGUGACGGAGUUCGUGCGCCAGGGCUGCCUGAAGGGCAUCCUGCUCAACCGCAGCGUCAAGCUCGCGUGGAGCCAGCGCCUGCGCAUGCUCAAGAGCGCCGCGCUGGGGGUGAACUACCUGCACUCGCUCACGCCCGUCAUCAUCCACCGCGACCUCAAGCCCUCCAACCUGCUCGUCGACGAGAACUGGAACGUCAAGAUUGCCGACUUUGGGUUCGCCCGGAUCAAGGAGGAGAACGCCACCAUGACCCGCUGCGGCACGCCCUGCUGGACUGCGCCUGAGGUGAUCAGGGGCGAGAAGUACACGGAGAAGGCCGACGUCUACAGCUUCGGCGUCAUCAUGUGGGAGAUGCUCACACGCAAGCAACCGUUCGCCGGGCGCAACUUCAUGGGCGUGUCGCUCGACGUGCUCGAGGGCCGACGACCCCAGAUGCCGUCGGACUGUCCCGAGAGCUUCCGCAAGAUGAUCGAGCGCUGCUGGCACGCCAAGGACUCCAAGCGGCCCGCCAUGGACGAGCUCCUGGGCUUCUUCGACAGCCUCAUCGGCGAGAACUCCCGCGGACUCGACGCUGUCUAG